AUGUCCUCCACAGUCGAUGUCUUUAUCAGCGAUGAAAACAAGCCGGCAAACAUUCCGAGCUACGCGACAAUCAUCACGCAGUGUUUCGACCUGGGUCCCCAGCAGGCUACCGCCACCAACAUUAGCGGUGUCCGAAUUACUCUCGACAAGAGGUCUGAUAACGAGGUCAGCAACAUCUGGGUCAAGUUUGGGAGCAACAUAACCAUGGGUGAGGCCAAAACGCAGCGCUUUGUCGCGCAAUACCUUGAAGACAACAACAACCCUGCUGUGCGGGCCCCUCGUGUUUACCUCGCCUUUACGUGGGGCAGCUUCGGUUUCAUCGUCGCUGAGUACAUUGACGGGCAGAUGUGCGGCGACGCCGAUAUUGCCCUCGUCGCCGCCGCUGUACAAUCUCUUAUCGACAUACCGAGCCCCAGCUCAACGCCUGGACCCGUCGGUGGAGGCGUGAUCGAACACCCCUUUUUCAUCCACCGGACGUCUUCCAUCGGGUACGAAUCCGUCAAGGAGCUACAGGAUCAUAUGAACGGGAUUCUCUGCGUCACGGGAGGAAGCGGCGUGUUAACUUCGAGCCCGAGCUCGCCAGUCACGGCCUGCUCCUCUGUGUAUCUGACCUGA